GUGCAAGACAGAUCUCGCGGCACCUUGCCAUUUCACCUUCUCUUCCCCCCUCCCUCUCUUUUUGUCUCUCUUUCUGAUUUCUGCAAUCAUCAGAUCAAGCCCUAAACAAAAAAACCAUCAACUUUCCUACCAAAUUCAUCCUCCAAACACAAUCAAACCCCCUACAAUUAUCAAAAAUACUCGACGAUCAAUCAAGUAGAGCAGUGAAAGUGGAACGAUGAAUUUUCUGCUGCGGCAAAGCCCUAGCGCCGCAGCAGCAGCAGCAACGCCAGCAGCAGCGCCAGCAACGGCUGAUCAACUUCCACCAAUAUCGCCGUGGUUGAGGAAAACACCGUCGCAGAGUGUGACCACUUUAGAGGGAUUAAUUGCGGAAGAUCAUUCGAAUGUAGUGGAUUAUACUACUGAAAUUAAUCGUGAUUCUUUUACUAGUGAUAAUAGUGGUAAAUUAAGUUCUGCAAGUUCUAAGGAUUUUUCUCCUCUUGUGGAUAAACAUGUUGAUGUUACGGAAGAUGAAGGCUGGAUCACCAUUCCUUGCAAGAAUCUUCCUGAUGACUGGAGUGGUGCUCCAGAUAUACAUGAGUUCCAGUCUUUCGACCGUUCAUUUGUUUUCCCUGGGGAGCAGGUUCACAUCUUAGCAUGUUUGUCUGCAUCCAAACAGGACACUGAGAUCAUAACUCCAUUCAAAGUUGCUGCUGUGAUGAAUAAAAAUGGUUAUGGACCGGGUGCCAAGGCUCGGAAUGGAAAUGCUGCAGAACAAGAAUCCCUUUCUGGAACUCAGCCAAUUGAGCUUGAUGAUAAUGUAGAUUCAAAGAAUGUAAAUAAGCAUCAAGAUGUGUCUGCGAGUGAGUCUUACCUUAGAAUGGAGAAUCAUAGAAGAAUAACGCAAACAUUACUGCAGAGAUUUAAGGACUCCCACUUUUUUGCGCGAAUUGCUGAGUCAGGAGAACAGCUAUGGUCAGACAGAAGCACAUUAGAAGCGCUUGAUGGUGUAGAUGACACUGAUAGUACAGAGAACAAUAAUAUGAAUGGCUCAAGCACGUCAAUAAGCGCGGUGAUUGAUAGUGGAAGGUUUGAUGCCCGGGCUUCUGGUGGUUUGGCUAGAAAUUUUGUCAAGUGCUGCUCUCUUGCUAACGGAGACAUAGUGGUUCUUUUACAAAUGAAUGUUGGUGUUGAUUCUUUGAGAGAUCCUAUACUAGAGAUUCUUCAAUUUGAGAAACAUCUUGAUAGAACAACGGCUCUAGAAAGCGAUAUAGUCAAGGAAGAGCACAGUCCAUGCGGGGAAUUGUUAAAAUGGUUGCUUCCUUUAGAUAAUUCCCAACUCCCUAUUAGUCGGCCUUUAUCCCCACCUUUACUUAAUUCAUCUCAUAAAACAAGCUUUUCUGCUUCAAGUGGUUCACAACUUUUUUCUUUUGGAAACCACUUUAGAAGUUAUUCUAUGUCAUCACUACCACAGAAUACUGCUCCUGCAGCAUCACCAUCUGUAUCCACUGCUUCUUCAAAGCCUAAUGUUGGUGUAGAAGAUUGGGAUCGUUUUGCAUCACAAAAGUCCCUAAAAAGUCCAAGAAGUGGAAGCCAGGGUUUGCUGUCCUUUCGUGGAGUUGCAUUGGAGCCAGAAAGAUUCUCUGUUUGUUGUGGUCUGGAAGGCAUUUACAUACCAGGAAGAAGGUGGAGGAAACAGCUUGAAAUCAUUCAACCUGUUGAUAUCCACUCAUUUGCUGCAAACUGCAAUACAGAUGACCUGCUCUGUGUUCAGAUAAAGAAUAUCUGUCCACCGCAUUUUCCAGAUAUUGCUGUAUAUAUAGAUGCUAUAACUAUUAUCUUGGAAGAGGCGUCAAAGGCAGGGCCACCAUUGUCUGUUCCAAUUGCAUGUGUUGAAGCUGGUACCGACCAUAGUCUACCGAAUUUGGUCCUAAGGAGGGGUGAAGAGCACUCUUUUAUCCUUAAGCCAGCUAUAUCAGCGUUAAAGAAGUCUAGGAUACCUGAUGAUAAGAUUUCUAAGUUGCAUACAAGAACUGGAAGCAAAGCAACAAGCACACGGCUGCCUCCAGUAGCUGUUGAAGGAUCGAUGGAUGAAUCUGCUUCUCACAAGUAUGCCAUACUGGUAUCAUGUCGUUGUAACUACUCUGAAUCGAGACUUUUUUUCAAGAAGCCCACUGAUUGGCGACCACGCAUCUCAAGGGACUUUAUGAUAUCAGUUGCAUCUGAAAUAUCAAAAGAAACUCCCGAUUUUACUGGAAAAGUCUCUCAGCUGCCGGUUCAGGUGUUGACUCUUCAGGCGUCAAACCUUACGUCUGAAGAUCUUACCUUGACUAUACUUGCUCCAGCAUCAUUUACACCACCUCCUUCAGUGCUGUCACUAAAUUCUACGCCGUCAUCACCAAUGAGCCCAUUUGGUGGAUUUGCUACAACACAAAUAAGCACAGUAACUCGUCUCUCAGAGAACCAAAUACAAAGUGCUCCCCAGUCUCUUUCUUCUGAUCAGAAGGCUGUUCCAGUUGCAGAUGUCAUUCCAACAACUGCUUUGAGCUGUACUCACUUGUGGCUGCAUAGUAGGAUUCCAUUAGGAUGUGUUCCUUCUCAAUCCACUGCCAAGAUCAAGCUUGAGCUGCUGCCAUUGACAGAUGGCAUAAUUACGCUUGACACUUUGCAAAUUUAUGUUAAGGAGAAAGGUAUAACUUAUGUCCCUGAGAAUGCAUUGAAGAUCAAUGCGACUUCUAGCAUUGCUACCGGAAUCAUCUAGCUUGUUUUGAUUCACAUUCUUUGUAUUUUGUAUGUUCUCUUAACGAAAAAACUCAAAUGAAGGGGAGUGUUUGCUCCAGUUGUACAUCAUCGGAAUAUUUUUUUUCUCUUUUUCCAUUUUCGUUGAUGUAGGACAUGAAUUUGAGGUGCUCAUAUGUCUACCUCAAGAUAUAGAGACAGAUUUAUGUCUCAAGGUUUGUUUUCGAGGCUUUUCUAUAUAAGGUGGAGAUAUGGUCUCUGUUACUUACUCUGCUAUACUAUAUAUGAAUGAAAUUAUACUAGAUUUUGCUGCUC